AUGAGCCCCAUCCCUCCUUCAGGUGUCUGGUGUCCAGCUGUCACAUUCUUCAAUCAUCAGAAUGACACUCUCGACCUUGUCGCUCAGAAACAAUACGAUGCGUACUUGUCAAAGUCUGGCCUCGCGGGACUCGUGAUCCUAGGUACCAAUGCUGAAGCUUUCCUGCUCACUCGAGAAGAACGAUAUGCACUCAUAGCCGCAGCUCGCGAAGCCGUAGGACCAACAUUCCCUAUUAUGGCUGGCGUGGGUGCACACUCAACCAAACAAGUCAUAGAGCUCGUUAAAGACGCAGUUAAAGCAGGCGCCAACUAUCUCCUUAUUCUACCACCCGCGUAUUUCGGCAAAGCUACUUCACCUGCCGUCAUCGAGAGGUUUUACGCUGAUGUCUCAGCAUCUUCUCCCAUUCCGAUAGUCCUCUACAACUUCCCAGGUGUCUGUAACGGUGUCGAUAUGGAUUCCGAACUCAUCACGAAGCUGGCCAAGAAGAAUGACAACAUCGUGGGCGUCAAGCUGACUUGUGCUUCUGUUGGCAAGAUCACACGGCUUACAGGUUCCCUUCCUGCUUCCGAGUUCGCCACUUUUGGAGGACAGUCAGACUUCCUUAUUGGUGGUUUGUCAGUUGGCUCCGCUGGCUGUAUUGCUGCGUUUGCGAAUGUCUUCCCGAAGAGUUUGUCUAGGAUCUACUCUUUGUACAAAGCAGGGAAUGUUGAAGAAGCUCUGAAGCUGCACAGGAUUGCGGCAUUAGCAGAAAGUCCUUGCAAAGACGGAAUUGCAAGUACAAAAUAUGCUGCAGCUAGCUUCAGUGCGAAAGCGGCAGGAAUCGAGGGCGCGGAGGAGAAACUACAGCCUCGGACUCCCUAUGCUCCACCGUCAGAAGAUACUAAGAGUCGUCUCAGACUGAAGUUGAAAAGACGUCCUCCUCUCUCCCCCUUGCACUUCCCUCCAGUAUCCAAAAUGUCUUCUUCUACAGCCGCGCUCUCGCGGACUUUGAAAACCAUCACUCUUACCAAAAUCAAUGAGCUUGAGAAACAGCGCAAAGCAUACGCUCAAUCCAAAAAUGCCAUUCUCCAAGCUGCCGCCGAGGCUCCACAUCAGCGUGAGAGAGUCCUCCGGCUUCUGGAAGGGGUUGAAGACCUCAAUCGUACUUCGAUCUCAUCCUCAGUGGACUUCUCGAAUAUCCGCCGAUGGUUGUUCCAGUCACACUACGACUCUUCCAUCCCCGACGCCACGUUGAACGACUUUGAGACACAACUACAUGCUCAGUUGGAAGUUCGCACUAGGAGACUAGACCUUGGUCGCCUUUAUUCCAGUCUCCUGACCGAGUGGCUAGAUGCAACCGACUCAUCUGAGGACCAGACUAUGGAAGUGGAUGACGAAUCUUUGGAGGAAUCAUUCGAAGUCAUCGAGAAAGACCGGCUAAAACAGCUGACGGAGAAGUUUGCAUCCGUUGCCUUCUCGCCAUUGGAGACUGAUGUAGACGAAAUCGAAGACUACCUUGGGGGUUUAUUCCAAGGAGACAUUGGCGAAAAGGCACUCGAACGUCUUCGGAUAGCGACGUACAACAAAGGCGUCCACAUACUGAGAAACAAGACUGUCUUCGACGAGCGCACGAUCAAAUGGUGCCUGAAAGGACUACUCUCGAAUGAUCUACUUCGAGACGACAAGAAAGUUAUUUUGGAGGAGUUCCUUCAGGAUCAGGUCGCUCGUACAGAAAUCUGCGACGUGCUGAACAUGAAGUUUGCGGACCUCGAAAAUUGGAAUUGGGAUGCUGGACCUGAAGGGUUGCCAGUUGAACCCAGGCGUCAAUUGAAUGGCAAAUAUAGGAUUAUGAUGGAUGAAGAUGUAUUGGACGCCAUUUUCCUGCAUUAUAUCGGUAUGAUGUGGUCGGUUGGGAUGAAAGGCAUCCUUUGUGAAGUUGGAGACACUCCUGGGCUAUGGAAGCAAGAUGUCAACAUCUCUCGGGAGGUAAAAGACCGCAGACGAUAUUACUUAGGCGAAUAUAGUUCCGGACUGGAGGCCGGAGGUAGUGUUGAGAAGGCAAGGCAGGACAUGUAUCGCAGAGAUUUUUUCCUGUCCCAACUGCCUUCCUCAGUCAUGGAAGGCGCCGGAGGCUAUGACGACGACGAAACCGAGAGCAAUGAUUGGGACUUUGAUUCUUCUGACAAGAAGUCGCCGAAACAGGUCAAGCAGCAGCUUCUUAGGAUCUUGGCGACAGAAGUCCAGCUUCAGAAGAACAUCAAUGGCCGAGUCGCUGUGGUACAGUCAGACUUUCAAUGGUUUGGAACGUGCCUCCCUCACAGCACUAUUUUUGCCGUUCUGAGAUUUGCCGGUAUGGACGAAGAAUGGAUCAGCUUCUUCAGAAAAUUCCUCGAGGCUCCUCUGAACAUGGGUCCGGUAUCAGACCACACAGAGCAGGUGCGUGUGAGGAAAAGGGGAACACCAAUGGCACACGCUUUGGAGAAGUUUUUGGGCGAAUUGGUAUUGUUCUUCAUUGAUCUUGCAGUCAAUCAAGAAGCAGGGAUGUUGCUUUACCGAUUCCACGACGAUUUGUGGCUUGUUGGUGAGCCUGAACGAUGUGCGAGGGCGUGGAAGUCGAUGGAGCGAUUCUCGGCUAUCAUGGGUCUCGAAUUCAACAAGAGCAAAACAGGCAGCGCGUUCUUGACAAAGGAGGAAGAGCUUACCUAUGAGGACUCCGAGACUGUAGCCGGGCUUCCUCCCGGUCCUGUUUCUAUCGGCUUCCUGAACCUCGAUUCAGGAUCUGGAGAUUGGGUAAUCGACGAGAAGAAGGUAGGCGCCCAUGUCAAGCAGCUUUCAAAACAACUGUCCGGUGCUCCUAGCAUCUUAGCUUGGGUGCAAACAUGGAACAGCUGUAUUGGACGCUUCUUUGGCCAUACCCUUGGAGAGCCUGCGAACUGCUUCGGUCGCGCACACGUGGAUUCAAUCUUGGAGACACACAAACGGAUCCAGGAUGCUAUCUUCCCAGGUAGCAACGCAUGUACAUUCCUGAAAGAUCUGAUCAAAGAGCGAUUUGGAGUAUCCGACGUUCCCGAUGCAUUCAUAUUUUUACCAGAGUCUUUGGGAGGUCUCGGUGUUCGCAAUCCAUUCAUUGGUCCUUUUUUGGUACGCGACAAUGUCUGCGAAAGUCCCUCAAAGCUUAUAGAGAGCUUUCUUAAGCAAGAAGCGGAUGCAUAUCAUACAUGCAGACGAGAAUUCGAGGAGCUGAGCCAGCAGGGAAAGAAAAGGAGACUGCGAAUCAUCUACACCGAUGAGUAUGGAGACGCUGAUCCAGCACGAACCUUGCAAGAUGCAGAGACUUUCAUGAGCAUGGAGGAAUUCGUCUCCUGCAGAGAAUCGACCAGUCCCGAGUUGACCUCUGUUUGGGAAGAGCUUAUGGAAGUCCCAAAGAAAAAGGAGAUUGUCGCAUCCACCAAAGUCGCGCAGACACCCGGGAGAUUGUCGUAUUCGCAGCCUGAAUUAUCCAGAAAUGACAUGAAGAGCGAAAUCAGAUGGAUUCUGCAGAUGUAUGAAAAGGAGCUGAUCGAAAAAUGUGGGGAAAUGAGUAUCGUGGAAAAGAGUCUGUUGCCACUGGGUAUCUUGACGAUCUUGCGCAAGAAAAAGGUUGCUUGGCAGAUGGUCUUAUAG